AUGCCUAUUCCCGCCAGCAACGCGCGUGUGAGAACAACUCGGGCCCGUAAUCAAGCUAUUCUGAGCAUCCUUGGUGUUAUCGGAGGAGGCUGGCUCCUCUUUCGCGCCCAGUCGCCAAACAAAACUGAUAUUGUGGUAUCCGCACGCGACGAGAAGACGAUGGCUGGCAAGACCGGGGAGGACAAAACCGCACGCAUGCCAUCGAGCGAGGAUCGCACAAAGCCUUGA